AUGUCCCUUAAUCCAUUGAAUGCAGUUAAUAGGGACAAUAAUAGCUCUCCAAAUGCUAGAAAGAGUCCAAAAGCAAAAGUAGCUACUGCGAAUGUUGUUUAUCCUAUUGAUUGGAAGAUUAUUUCAGAUGAAAUCAUGUUGAUAGUUGAUGAGAAUAUAGAUUAGCAGAACUUUAAACUUUAAAUUCAGUAGAUAAGAUAAUCGAAAAAUAGGAGGAAAAUCGCAGACUCAAUCACUAACAUGGAGAGUAACCUCCCAAGAAUAUUCGAACUAGAUCCAUUUAUUGACAAGAGGAAACAUAAAAAUGGGAUUACAAAAGCUGUUUUCUCCAAAAACGUUGAAAGGAUAAUCUGUCUAGAUUAAUAAUCAGAUGAGAUUUUUAUGUAUGAUAGUCAUCUCAAUAUAGACUUCAAGACUAAAAUUAGUGGUAAGGCAAAUCUAGAUAGAGGUCAUGUGUUUGAUACAGUUAUAUUAGAUUUUGAUUUAUCUGAAAGAGAUAAAAGAGUAGGAGCAGUUAUGAGAGAUUACACUAUAUGUUUUUGGGAUUACCGUGAGCUGUUUAAAUUCGAGUCUAAUGUUAACUAUAAUCUUGAAGAAAUAUAAACUAAAAUUUGGUUCUUGGAGCAUUGCAACCAUUGGUUUACGACUGAUAAACUAAAUAACCUCUUUGCUUGGCAUCUUGAAAAUGUUAUUCCAAAGCCAUUAAGAUGA